AUGCUGGCGGAGGGAGCGGAAGACUUCGGAGGCAUCAUCGCACUCCCCUCCGGUGUCUCCCAGGGCUCCCCAGAUCCACCAGAGAACCAAGUGACCCCGACAGCCGCGUCUGCGGCUAUGCGCGUUCCCCCAGAUGACGUAAUUCGUCCGCCGACAGUUUCUGACCCGGCACUGCGGGCGCUCGCAGCCGCAAGAGUUGCCGCUGCGGCGCGAAGCCUCUCGGACUCUGAAGCCUCUUUGGACACGGCAGCGGCAGGAAGAAUACCGCAUGUUCUCACGGAGACGGGAGACAGACGCGUGCGGUGGCUGCAGGCCCUCCCCUCCUGCAGCAGCAGCAGCAGUGGGGGGGGACUGCCCCCGGGGUGCAGUGCAGGCGUAGAUCGAUCCCUCGGAACGGCGGGAGGAGGCGAGGCCACGACUCCUGGAAACACAGAUGCAGGUAGCAGCAGCGCGGGGGAGGACUGCUACCGCUUUCGUGUGCGGCGCAGCAGACGGCAGCAGCAGCAAGGGGAGGGCAGCGGCAGCAGGCGAUGUGGAAAGCACAAGCAGCGACGCUGGUUGCACCAGCAGUUACUUGUGGCUGCACUAAGACGUCUAAUCUUUGUAGCCGGGGAAAAUCCGACCGACGCAACAGACAGGUGGGGGGUUUCCCGCGGCCCCUCGUGCUGGGAGCUGUUGCAGGACGAUCCGAUCGCGCGCGAUGUCUAUAUCAAGCGGAAAGAAAGCACUUGGAAAAUUUCCUUUCCCCUGGCAGAAAGCCUACAAGACUCCUCGUCAGAGGGGCAGCAGGCGCUACAGAAGCGAGAAGACGCGCUUCUGCAAAGGAAGGCGCACUGCCUGAGUCUCAUGAAGAAACAGCAGCACCAGCAACAGCAAAGGGCUGGACGGCCAUUGCGAAGGGCGGCUUCCUGUGAUCGGCUAGGCUGCUCGGCGCUCGUGAGGCCUUCUGUCUCGGCGAGUGCAAGUACCUCCAGGGGUGUGGAGUCUCUCCCUUCAGCAGACGCAGUAUCGGAGAUCGCGUCGUCAGUGCGCGCGCUGCAAGCAGCAGCGCUAACACCAGCAGCGCUCUCGCCGACUGCAGGUGCUUUGGCUCGAGCGCUUGAUGACCAGCGUGUGCUCUUGCAGCAGCUGCAGCCUUCAGAGCUGCAGCAUCUGCCUUCGGUGCAGCGCAUGAAGUCUCUUCGCUCUGCGUUUCGCCCUCUGAAAACGAUCACGAAGGACCCCGCAACACUUUACGCCUUGAGUUUCGCACUGGAAGCGGCGAUUAGAGGCGCAUAUCCAUCGCUUGCCGCAGUCCGGGGAGGCCUUUCGCAGCUCCUGCAUCCGGCUGCUGCAGCUGCGGCAGCAGGAGAGCUGCGGAAGAAGGAUCGACCCAUUCUACAGAACAGCUGUAGAGAAGAGAGCAGCCACAACAAAGCUGCCAGCAGCAGUACGAAUGACAAUGGCAGAGGCGACAAUGACGGCCUCGCGACGCGAGGAGCCGCGGCAGCAUCGGCAACGGGGGGGAAUCCAACUGCAAACGAGGCCAGUGAAGGCCGCUACUGCUUGUUGUUGUGGCGGCUGAACGGCUUUGAGCGGAAGGUGGCGCACGCGUUGGUGGCUCUGACCCCUGUAGUCGACUCGUUUUCUGUAUCGCUGGAAGACCUCCAGUCAGCGGACGAAGCGCCUUCGUGUACCAAAAACUGCCUGCCGCAACCCCUGCAGCAGCACCAUCACCAGCCUAGGAAGCGCAAGGUGACAGGCGGCAAGCAGAAAGUCGUGGUGAUCUGCAGGAGGCAACACAACGGAGACGAGGCCUUCCCCCCUGUGUCUCUGGCCAUGCUCCUCGUUUGCGCAGUUGCUGCAGCCGCCUAG